AUGGUCUUCCGAAUUACGACAUGGAAUGUCAAUGGCAUCCGGAACCCGUUUAGCUACCAACCAUGGACGGAAAACAGAACCUAUCAAGCCAUGUUCGACAUCUUGGAAGCCGAUAUAGUCGUUAUUCAAGAAGCUAAAAUACAACGGAAGGACUUGCAAGACGACAUGGUCAUGCUUCCAGGAUGGGAUGUCUAUUUUAGUUUACCAAAACACAAGAAAGGAUACUCUGGGGUCGCAAUCUACACCAGAAGUUCAGUCUGCGCACCAAUACGGGCGGAGGAGGGCAUUACAGGUAUCCUAUGCCCGCCGAAAUCAAAAGUCUCGUAUAGAGAUCUACCAGAAGAGCAGCGCAUUGGUGGAUAUCCUCGGCCUGGCCAAUUAUCGGCUAUUAUUGACGAAGAAACACUCGACUCCGAAGGUCGCUGCGUCAUAUUAGAGUUUCCGGCCUUCGUUUUGAUUGGAGUAUACAGCCCGGCCAACCGAGACGAAAGCCGAGAUGACUUUAGAAUAUCGUUCUUCGAGGCUUUGGACGUACGAGUGAGGAACCUGAUUGCCGAAGGGAAACAAGUCAUCCUGACUGGCGAUUUGAACGUCGUUGGGGCAGCUAUUGACACAUCUAAUCUUGAGGAAACACUGAGGAAGAACGACAUGACUUUUGAAGACUGGGCAAAUACUCCGGCUCGGAGAAUAUUUAACCAAAUGAUAUUCCGAGGGAGCUUUACAGGGCCACGGGACGAAGGACGUGAAACAGCUGUGCUUUGGGAUAUCUGCCGUUUCUACCACCCUGAUCGACAAAAGAUGAACACAUGCUGGGAUACUCUGCGGAACACUAGACCAGCAAACCUCGGUAGUAGGAUCGAUUACGUUCUCUGCAGCGAUGGCCUCAAACCUUGGAUCAGCCAUUCCAACAUUCAGGAAGGGCUGAUGGGCUCUGACCACUGCCCGGUAUAUGCCAAUUUUGAUGACAUUAUCGUCAAGGAUGGAGUAUCAAUACCCAUCCAGCAAGUAUUAAACCCUGCGACUCUAUUUGCCAAUGGCCAGCGGAUCCGUGAAUGGUCAACAAAAGAUGCUCUUCCCUUGUCGGCAAAAUUGAUGCCCGAGUUUGACGGUAGGCGCAGCAUCAAAGAUAUGUUUAGUCGGAAGCCGAGUACCCUAUCGAAGCCUGAUACCCCUCCCCAGUCUACAACUCCCGUACCCCAAGUUGACAUACCAAGAGCAGCCAUCCUAUCCGACAGCCAAAGUGGUAUAUCAGACACCAAGACCCCGACAGCUUUAUCUGAUGAACAGAUAUCUGGUAUUAAGAGAGGGGGAUCUGGAAACUUUGCAGCGUUGGCGACAAAGCGACAGAAACCGAUACCGGAGACGACAGGGCAAAUGAAGACCAAGGUGAAACCGGGACAAAGGACGCUACAGGGUUUCUUCAAACCCAAGCCAUCUACUAAUGGCCACAGCCCAGCCAAGCCUCAACAGUCGUCAGAGGUUUCAAGGCCCGAAUCGUCGGCCACUAUUGAAGCUAGAGCGGUGACAGUCAACACCACACCACCCAUAUCUCAGGCGAAGCGUCAGUCUUCGUUUGACACUGCAGAAACAGUCUUUGACCCUAUUGAAAACAAAGAAUCAUGGUCCAAGUUGCUCGGGAAGCGGAUAGUACCGAAAUGCGAGCAUAAUGAACCCUGUAUUAGCCUUCUCACGAAGAAGCCAGGAGUGAACUGUGGACGAUCAUUCUACAUAUGCCCUCGUCCAUUAGGGCCGUCUGGAGAAAAGGAACGUGGGACAGAAUGGCGAUGCGGGACAUUUAUAUGGAGCAGUGACUGGAAUACCUCCCAAAAGGACAGUAUGAGCUCUUAG